AAUGGAGAUCUGUGCCAUUUAAGUUUCAAUACAAGUUGGGGAAUUUUUACGAUAAGUCAUUACUAAAUUAGUCUUAUUGUAACAGACUGAAAAUACUUGAACACCCCCUCCAUUUUAGAAUUCAUCCUGCAGUUAUGGCCCUUUGAUAGCUUUUGCUAAAUGGAAUAUAGAGAAAAUCUCCUCCCACACCAUAGCCUGAUUUGCUUCAAACUUUUGACAGAUUAACAAGCUCGAUGUGCAGAUGACCAUAAAGAAAGGAAUUAUUUCUGUGACUUUAUUUUUACUGCAGUUAUGGCCCUUUGAUAGUUUUUGCUACAUGGAAUAUAAAGAAAAAUCUUGUGUGUCAAAGUUGGACAGUCCAACUCUUUAGUGUCUUAAGAUAUAUCUACAUUUCAGUUAAAAUUAAACCAGUCUUUAAGAUUUUUGAAGAGUUACUAAUUUUAUUGAUUUGGUGACUUUUCAGCUUUUGAUAGCGGAGGAAAAUCCUAGGUGCCCCUCAGAGGCUCUGAGCAUUGUUGCAGGCAGGAGUGGACACCUGGGUAGAACCAGUGGCCUUCCAUAAGCCAGUUUUAUGUCUUCGUCACAUGAUGGAAUUUCACAUCCCAAGCAAGUAGCUGUACAGUUGUAGAGAGAAAAGAUGAAGCUGGUGGUGUAUAAUGAGAUCAUACAUCUGAUGCACAUGUAUAAAACAAGAGACUCUCUUCCAUUAAUUGCUGAAAAAUUUCCAAGUGUAAGCCUUAAUGCUUUGGGGAGCAUCUUUUCCCAGGACUACCAGAAAAAGAUGAGGAAAACACAUUACAUACAUUACAGUCCAGAGGCAGUGAAUAAAUACUAUGACAGUUUUAUGCAAGGAUUACAGAAUGGCAAGAGGAACAUACUGAUCAGUUUAUCAGAGGAGCUUGACCUGUCACCAGCACUGUUGGGGCGUAUCAUCCUGGAACGAUAUUUAUCAAAUACAAAAUACAACGGUGAACCCCCACCUAAAACUGUUGUCACUCAGUUAAUGAAGGAACCAUCUCUCAUUGAUCAACCUAUUCUUGCAGUUGAGAUCCAUCAAUGUAUUUUAGGUGAUGAUCACUAUGGGCCACUAUGUGACAGCAUCAAACAUUCAAUUGGUCAUGAAUAUGAGUUCAAAUUAAAUAACACCCUUGACAGAAUGGGAAUUGCAUAUAUUGGUGAAGAUCAGAUGAGAGUGAAAGGGUAUGACAAAACUCCAGAUGUCAAAUUAGAAGUACCAAUAGCUGUUGAUGGGCAUGUGGUUAACUGGAUAGAAAGUAAAGCAUCUUUUGGAGAUGAACAAAGCCAUAAAACGUACCUCAAAGAUCAAUUCUGGAGUUACUGGAAUAGGUUUGGACCAGGCAUGGUUAUAUACUGGUUUGGUUUUAUUGAUGAGUUAGAUAUAAACCAAGAUAAAGGAAUUAUUCUCAGAGACCAUUUUCCAGAGCAAAUAGUCAAAAUGGAUCCAAGUGUAAAAUAAUACCAGGAAUGUUUUGCUGGCUACAUGUAUGGAAUUAACUGGAUUUGCUGCAGAUGUAACAAAGACGGAUUUUCAACAGUCAGUGACAAGUCUUUGUUUUCCUAAUACAGAACUGGUCUUAGAGGAAGCCUAGAGUUUGCUCAGUACAACACGGGAAACAGUGGGUUACUGACAUGUUGUGUGCAAUAGAUUUAACUUAUACAGAAAACAUUUUUACAUGAGUGACUGUCUGACAGAGUUUAUAGUGCUUAAAGUGAAACAGAAACAGUGUGUUCAGAAAACAAAAUAGUGGAUUACUUAUUUAAAAUAGUGUGUUGAGAAAACAGAAACUGUGGAUUUACACUGUCACCCCUAAUCCAGCAUUAAAACAGUGUUUAGAAAACAAAAAUAGUGGAUUACUUAUGUAAAACAAUGUGUUCAUAAAACAAAAACAGUGGAUUACUCAUGUAAAACAGUGUAUUCGAAAAACAGAAUCUGGAUUACUCUUGUAAAACAGUGUGUUCAGAAAACAGAAAUAGUGGAUAUCUGAUGUAAAACAGUGUGUUCAGAAAACAGAAAGUGUGGGUUCAGAAAACAGAAACUGUGAAUGAUUGAUGUAAAACAGUGUGUUCAGAAAACAGAAACAUUCCUAAAAAACAAGAGUUGCCCAGAGUUCAUUGUUUAAACUGGUGCAAAGUGGAAAGAACAAACCAAGAAUGUUUACUGUAAUUUGUAGUGAAAAUAUAUUUCUUUUAGUUCUGUCAUCUAAGCAGUUCGAACAAUUUUGAAAACAAGACGUUUACACAAAAAAAAAGAUAUUUUCAACAAAUUGUAAUAUUACCGGUUAAUUAGGAUGUGUUUCUCAAACAUGUUGUUCUAAUAUUGUAAAAGCUGAAACGGUCUAUUAAAACAAGGCUAGUCAAUUGCUUUUUCCAUUUACCUGUUGGCAUAUACCUUUUAAAGGUAUACUAGACUCAAAUUUCAUAUUUGAAAAUAUGAAUAAUUUCUGUAGUGUAUAUAAAGAUAAAAUGAGGAAUUUUUUGUGUAUCAACAGUACCAUGUAUUAGCUUUAAAAAGUAUGCAAUACAUGUACAGCUAAACAAAGUUUAAAUGUGUACUAUCACUAAACAAGCUGGAAGUUUUUUUUAACAAACAAUUGUUAUUGCAUGACAUUUAUUUAUUCAGUGUAGCUCUACAUCCAAAAUCAUUUCAGAUACCAAGCAAAGUUUAAUAUGGAUUUUCUACAUUUGAAGUAAAUAUCUAAAGGUAAAAAUGUUUAAUUGAAAGGUUAUCUGGUUAUUGCCAAAUAUUUCAAGGUCAGUCUCAGGCAUGUUUUAAGUUGUAUCUAGUGCGUUAUGAAGUAACUUCCAAUAAAUUGGCUAAGAAAACUGG